GUGAUUUAGUCAUCAGUUAUCAAAAGUGUUUUUACCUUCACGUAACUCAAAUUUCUAUCCAUAUCAAUAUGAAAUUCUUCGCUUGCUUGAUUGCUUUGGCUGCCAUCGCCACCAUUGUUAUGGCCGAUAUGAAACCAACCGAUAAGAAGGAUGGACUUUUGGGAUCCCACUAUGGAGGAGGUGGUGGCUCAUCAUACUCAGCACCACCAUGCCCCAAGUCAUACUUGUUCAGCUGUCAACCAAGUUUGGCUCCAGUUCCAUGCGCUGCUGGUGGUGGUGGUGGAUAUUCUGGUGCAUACUCACAAUAUGUUCCACAAUAUGCUUUGCCACAACAACAGUACAACCAGUACCAACAAUACCUUCCACAAUAUUGAAGAUAACAUCCUGCUUAUGAUAACU